AUGGAUGGUUUAUCCUCGGCGGCAAGCGUUAUCGCGGUCAUUCAACUGACGGGAAGCCUCAUGAAGCUUUGUGGGGGCUACAUCCAAGAGGCGAGAAAUGCACGAAACGAAAUUUCUACCCUUCAACAGGCGAUUGCAGGCCUUCAAGGGACAAUCCAAGACCUAGAUAAAUACCUUCAAAGCAACGAGGGAACGGCCCUACCUACCUCCUCACGACUAGUUAGGAGCAUUACCGAUUGUCUCUCCGACCUCCAAGCCUUAGAAAUGAGACUUGAUCCAGGGAAGGGAAAGAAGCUGAUGAGGAAAGUGGGAUUACGAGCCCUAAAGUGGCCCCUGAAGCGCGCAGAGGUGGAAGGCGUUAUUCAAAACCUCGAGAGAUAUAAAUCUUCAUUCAUCUUAUCUUUGAAUGUGGAUCACACGUACGUUUAUCGAGCACGAUAUUUUAGCUCCGUAUUAUUGACCCAAAGACUAUAUAGUUCUCUAAUAGUCGAGGUGGGACAGAUUACCGACCGCAUUAAUCAGAAUAUGGGCCUCAGGGAUUUAGAAGGCGUGACAGAGGCAGGGUUUGAUUCAUUCUCUAAUCGCGACGAAGUCCAAUGUCUCCAAGGCACUAGGACUAAGCUUCUCCAACAGAUAAUGGAAUGGGCUAUGUCACCGUCCCAAAAAAGUAUUUUCUGGUUAAAGGGGAUGGCUGGGACAGGAAAAUCCACAAUAUCUCGGACUAUAGCAAGGUCGCUCCAGGAUAACAACUACCUAGGUUCUAACUUCUUCUUUAAGAGAGGUGAAGGGGACCGAGGGAACGCAAUGAAGUUCUUCCCGACAUUAACACGGCAACUAAUGCUCAGAUUCACUGAGCUAAGGUCUGGUGUGCAAAAGGCACUCGAAUAUGACCCUGACAUUGCAUCAAAAUCACUUAGGGUGCAGUUUGAGAAACUACUUCUUCAACCGCUGCUAGAUCUUAACCAACUCGGCCAGCAACCUCAAACCGCCGUGAUAGUGAUUGACGCUCUAGAUGAGUGUGAACACGAGACAGAUAUACGGAACAUAAUCCGACUACUGCCUCGUCUACAGGAGGCAAAAGCAGUUCGCCUUCGGAUCUUCUUAACUAGCCGGCCUGAACUCCCAAUCAAUCUUGGCUUUUCGGAGAUUGGAGAUAAUAAAUAUCAAGACCUAGCGCUUCAUGAGAUACCCGAAGAAGUGACAGAGCACGACAUAUCUCUAUUCCUACAGGACCGUUUUGCGAAGAUCCAACACGAUAGGCAUAUCUCUCGAGACUGGCCUAGCACUGACGCCGUCCAAGAAAUAGUCGCAAUGUCCGUUCCUUUGUUUAUUUCUGCUGCUACUAUUUGCCGAUAUAUCGAGCAUUCAAAAUUGGAACCCGCACAACGUCUAACAGAGCUCCUUAAGGAUUCACGUCGAUAUGCGACGAAAAUGGAUAAGACGUACCAGCCAAUCCUAACACGACUACUCGACGAUAAAGAGAGUGACGAGUUUGAUCGGCAACACCUCCUAGACCAGUUCCAGAAAAUAGUCGGUGUCAUCAUCCUUCUUGCUGUUCCGCUUUCUAUAAAUGCGCUGUCGCUAUUUCUUGGGAUAGGAGCAAACCAGAUUAGCAAUCUGUUGGAUUCAUUGCGGUCUGUUAUAAACGUUCCUAGUGAUCGAGAUCUGCCUAUUCGGAUUCUACAUCUUUCGUUCCGAGAUUUUUUGGUCCAAUAUAAGAGCGAAGUUCUUGUGGACGAGCCAAAUAAGCACAAGGAAAUAGCUUUGUUGUGUGUUGAAAACAUGAGAAGCUAUCUACGGAAAGAUAUUUGCAAUCUAGAAGGCCUUGCAACCCGUAGGGCCGACGUCGAUCCUCAAUCCUUACUCCAGCACUUACCACCAGAACUACAAUACUCAUGUCGCUACUGGAUACACCACCUCAAACAAAGCCCUCUCUCGUCCGCUGAGGUGGAGUUUGUGUUGCUAUUUCUCUAUGAGCAUUUUCUACACUGGGUUGAAGCGAUGAGCCUACUAGGUCUUGUAUCGGAAGUGGUAGGGAUGCUGAAUCUCCUCCAGGGUAUUACACUAGGCGAUCACCAUUCCGUAGUGUCUGAGUUUCUACAUGACGCAAAGCGCUUUGUCCUGAAGUACCGCCAGAUGGCCGAUGAUACACCCCUUCAACUUUACUGCUCAGGACUUGUCUUUGCACCCAAAGAAGCGAUAGUCCGGAGACAGUUUGAAGCAGAAAUUCCUGAUUGGAUAUGUCAGUUGCCACAGGUCGAGGAAACCUGGAGUUCAGAACUGCAGACCCUAGAGAGCCAUUCAGGCUGGGUUCGGUCGGUGGCCUUCUCGCCCGACGGCGAGCUGCUAGCGUCCGGCUCCUACGACAAAACCGUGCGCCUCUGGGACACGGCUACAGGCGCGCUACAGCACACUCUCGAGGGCCAUUUAGGCUGGGUUCAGUCGGUAGCCUUCUCGCCCGACUGCGCGCAACUAGCAUCCGGCUCCCAAGACAAAACCGUGUGCCUCUGGGACACGGCUACAGGCGCGCUGCAGCACACUGUCGAGGGCCAUUCAAGUUCGGUGGAUUCGGUGGCCUUCUCGCCCGACGGCGCGCUGCUAGCGUCCGGCUCCCAAGACAAAACCGUGUGCCUCUGGGACACGGCGACAGAAGCGUUGCGGCACUCUCUUAAAGGCCAUUCAAAUUCGGUGAAAUCGGUGGCCUUCUCGCCCGACGGCGCGCUGCUAGCGUCCGGCUCCCAUGACACAACCGUGCGCCUCUGGGACACGGCUACAGGCGCGCUGCAGCACACUCUCGAGGGCCAUUUAGGCUGGGUUCAGUCGGUAGCCUUCUCGCCCGACUGCGCGCAACUAGCAUCCGGCUCCCAAGACAAAACCGUGUGCCUCUGGGACACGGCUACAGGCGCGCUGCAGCACACUGUCGAGGGCCAUUCAAGUUCGGUGGAUUCGGUGGCCUUCUCGCCCGACGGCGCGCUACUAGCGUCCGGCUCCCAAGACAAAACCGUGCGCCUCUGGGACAUGGCGAUAGGCGCGCUGCAGCACACUCGUAAGGGCCAUUUUAGCUUUGUUUGGUCGGUGGCCUUCUCGCCUAACGGCGCGCUGCUAGCGUCCGGCUCCCUUGACGAAACUGUGCGCCUCUGGGACACGGCAACAGGGGCGCUGCAGCAUACUCUCGGGGGCCAUUUAGGCUUUGUUUGGUCGGUGGCCUUCUCGCCUAACAGCGCGCUACUAGCGUCCGGCUCCUACGACAAAACCGUGCGCCUCUGGGACACGGCUACAGGCGCGCUGCAGCACACUCUCGAAGGCCAUUCAAGUUCGGUGGAUUCGGUGGCCUUCUCGCCCGACGGCUCGCUGCUAGCGUCCGGCUCCCAAGACAAAACCGUGUGCCUCUGGGACACGGCGACAGGAGCGUUGCGGCACUCUCUUAAAGGCCAUUCAAAUUCGGUGAAAUCGGUAGCCUUCUCGCCCGACGGCGCGCUGCUAGCGUCCGGCUCUAAUGACGAAACCCUACGCCUCUGGGACACGGCGACAGGGGGGCUGCGGUACUCUCUUGAAGGCCAUUCAAAUUCGGUGAAACCGGUGGCCUUCUCGUCCGACGGAGCGCUGCUAGCGUCCGGCUCCUACGACAAAACCGUGCGCCUCUGGGACACGGCUACAGGCGCGCUGCAGCACACUCUCGAGGGCCAUUCGAAUUCGGUGGAUUCGGUGGCCUUCUCGCCCGACGGCGCGCUACUAGCGUCCGGCUCCCAUGAUGAAACCGUGCGCCUCUGGGACACGGCGACAGGCGCGCUGCAGCAGGUUCUUAGUGUCAAUGGAACAGUCACUGACCUUAAAUUUUAUCAUAAUGGGUCAUGUCUAUUCACGAAUCUAGGCUCCCUUGAUGUUCAGUCCGGGCCUGAACAUCAUGCGUCUAGUUCAAACAAUGUGAAUCGGGAGAUUUUCAUCGAACAAGAGUGGAUACAGCUAAACGGCAGAAAUGUUCUUUGGCUCCCUCCUGGGUCUCGGCCUAGCUCUUCCGCGAUCAAUGGCAAUUUACUUGCCCUAGGAGACAAAUCAGGGCUCGUUUCUUUUAUAGGAUUCAAAGUUUAG